AUGCUGUAUGGGCUUAGGUAGGGACAUUUAAUGGUCAUUUCACCCACCAUCUUGGGACAUGGUUCGGCAAGUGGGGACAAAAUAUAUGUCCAAACAUAAACGGUUGUUAUAUUUAAUAAAAUUACGUAUCCGACAUUUUGCCGAAGUUUCCGAAAAUGAGGACAGUAGUGCCCAGAAAACGUAUCUCACUCUCACUCCCCAUUUUAUUACGGUCUUGACGGAAUUUACUAUUUUUGGCGCGCUUAACUUAUCCAAGAUGGCGACGCGAUCGAUGAAAGGUCGCAAAAGCAUUGAUCCAAUGCAACAAGCCAAGGAAUGGGUUAAUCAUGAAGAUCCACCUGGAUUUCGAAUUGCUGACUUUGGCAUAAAAGGUAGAGGUAUAGUGACAGAAGUUGAAAGAAAGAGGGGUGAUUUCCUUCUUGUGUAUAAGGGGGAAACAGUCAGUGCAGAUGAAGGGGAGAGAAGGGAAGAAGACAGUUGUUCCGGAUACAGAUUUUUCUUUAAAUCUAAAGGAAGAGAGCUCUGGGCAGCAGAAAUUUCAUAACAGGUAAUGAAGCCCUUAAACAUGUACUGGAUAACAUCCCUGAGCUUCAGAGACCUGAGUUGCUGAAGUUUCCAACAAUGAGAAAUACCUGGCCACUGUUGUGCAGGUGUUUGGAAUGAAAGAAAAUGAUGUCCAAGAGGUGGCAAGACAUAUGGGGCAUGAACUGGCGGUACAUCGCAAGUUCUAUCGUCUGCAGGAUGAUGUCAUCGAACUUGCGAAAAUUUCAAAGUUGCUGCUAGCCGUUGAAAGUGGACAGGCUCAUCAUUUCAAAGGAAUGUCUUUAGACGACUUGGACUUGAAAGAUUUUCCUGACGAGGAAACUGAUCCAGUAGAUCUUCUAUCAUUUACAACAGAGGAGAACACAAUUCCAGAAACAUUAGUUGGAAAGCCAGCCAAUACCACCUGUAAGAACCAGCCACUGCCAGCCCUGUCAGAUGACUCUACCUGUAAGAACCAGCCACUGCCAGCCCUGUCAGAUGACUCUACCUGUAAGAACCAGCCACUGCCAGCCCUGUCAGAUGACUCUACCUGUAAGAACCAGCCACUGCCAGCCCUGUCAGAUGACUUUCCUUUGGAUCCUGCCUUAACAGAAAGUGAAAGUGAGUCUGAUUUGGAAUGGGACACAAGGAUAAAAAAGAAAAUACGACGCACUGGGGAGAAAAAGAAGUGGACUCUAAAAGAAAAGGAAUUGCUUAAACCUAUGAUUUAUCGUGCGGUUAGGUUAGGUAAGCCGCCAACUAAACAAGAUGUACAGUCUUUACAAAAGAAGAACCCAGUACUUGCACCACUACCGUGGUUGAAAAUUAAGCAUCAAGCGUGGGCAUUGGCCCAGGCUGAACUUAGAAAAGACAAAAAAUCAUGAAAGAUUUGAACUUGUGAAGUGUUGAUUUACAUGUACUGGCAUGCGAGCAGUUCCCGUACAGAAGCAGUACCCGUAUUUUUCAUUUAAACGCUUGAUUUUUACAUGCAUUCUUCAAAAAUUCAUUUCAAAUCAAGCCGAUACAUAAACGAGACAAAAUCUAAGUGUCAGUUCGACAGUACGUAUAAAAAGUCUCAUUUUAAAUCACUUUCACCUGUGCGUUGUCAAAACAUGACCUUGUUUUAUCUGGGGGAUUUCCGUCCUUGCGCGCAUGCGCAAAUAUACUUACGCGUGAGGCAUGUUAAGGGGUUUUCCACUUAUACCACCUGUUUACAGAUAAGAAGGCAAUGUGACGAAAACUUGUUAAAUUAUCAGAAUUUUGACCAAUAUUACUAUAUAAAAUAAUUUUAUGGCUUUGAUGCUUAAAAUAUCAUGCAUACAAGCAUGCCAUCGCAUGUGAAUGCGUUGGGGGUAGCGGUACCGGGUAAUAGAUACACGCGUUUAGUGUACUUUCUAUUUCCUGAAUUACAUCUAUUUAACUCUUAGAAAAUGGUCUGUUCAACAAUUAUAAAUGAAAAAUAGGUCCGAUAUAAUAAAACUGUAUAAUUAUAAUGGGUUCAAUUUUAUGUACGGGAACUACUCCUCUUCAUACAAAAUAAUGGAUAAUUUCGGUACCCCAUAUGAGGCCUCAUAACUAAUAUAAGGGUUAUUCUAUGUUUAGAACAUGAUGGAAUUUCCAUGAUUUGUGUGACGAGCCGAAUAUUGAUGUGUAACGUUCAAAUUUUGGUGAGUGAACGAAAUAAAAAAUAAUGUUUAAGUAACUAAGAUUUUUGUACGGGAACUGCUCACAUGCCAGUAUGCAUAUCCAUAGUAUAUCAUUGAUGUAUUGAGGUUAAGCACUUUUAAACAGUUGUAAUACAGUUUACUUAAUGUUGUGUGCACAUUCCCAUUCAAUGCCAUGAAGCUGUGUUGACUGAUGAUUUUGCAUAAAGUGUUGUUUUGUUAAAGAAGUCAAGCAUUGUACACAUCUUAUUUUUGUUUGUGCUCUAUGCCAUUUACUGAUUUACUGCAUAAACUUUGCAUCAUGACCCCAACCUCUGGGCAAGAGUAUGUUACUGAUGAACCCAACCUCUAGGCAAGAGUAUGUAACUCUGUUAGUCGAUAGUUAGGAAAAUAUUUUUUACAUAUACAUAUAAGUUUUCAUUGAACAUAUUGUUUUGAUACUUUGCUUCGUUUAAAUUUGAUUUUAGACAUUUUCUAGUGUUGACAAUAAUUUCUUUGAUCUUAUUAGCAAAAGGUAUUUCUCCUUUUUAAUUCAAUGACAUCUUUCCCAAAAUACAUGUAUAUUUCAUUUAUAGAUACUUUUUUGUUAAAGAAAAAUGAUAGUUAAACUAUGGAACUGACUAAAAUAAAAGAAAAUGAACAUAAUUUAAGGCAUUGUGUAUGUAUUUGUAUGUGGGCUAACAAAGUUGUAUUAACCAACUUCAUGUUUGCAUUUGUGGGAACUGAAUAAUAGUUAUGUAAGCAGCAACAGCGUCAACCAAAUGUAGUUAUGAUUGUCGGGACUAAAAAAUAUGGUCGGCCAUCGGGGUAUUACAGGUUUUUCAUGACCAGUUGAAAUUAUAAGGAGCUAAUAGGGAUACUAAACAAAAACAGACUAGUGUGUGGGUAUACAGUGAAUGUUUUUAUAACCCGGUGUCGUUGCCAACAAGUUUUACUGUAUAUAAACAAGGGGUGAUUGGGAAGUCUUACAAGUUGACAGCACCUGCCAUCUUAAUGCAUUCAAUUUUUGUUAAAAAUGAUUGUGAAAAUCGAAUUCUUGAACCUGAUAUAUGCUCAUUGCUUCUGAAUUUCGGAAUUUAAAUAAAAAUACCAUAUUCCCCCCCAUUAACCGCCCAUACUCCUAUAAGCUCCCACCCCCUUCUUUGCUCUCUAACUUGAUUGUUUAAAUCUAAUCAAACAAAAACAAAAUGGUGACAAUUUUUCAAAAAUGCAUUAUUAAUAGCUAGGUAAAUCCCACACUUUUUGAUGGGGCGUAUUUUUUGACAUUUUACACUUGUUUUGGAUUGUGUUUUUUUAGGGAAAACCAGCAAUAUUUUUUUAUAUGUGCUUAGAUAACAGUUAAUACAUGUGUGAUUUGAUAAAAGUUUUACUGUAGAUGACAGUUGAAAUAAUUUUGUAUCUUGUUUGUUUUGAGUAUAACAAUUUUUGUGUCGCCUUGAAAAGGUGACAUAUAGGGGUUACUUUUGUCGGCGGUGUCGGCGGCGGCGUCUGUGUCGGCGUCGUUGUUGUUGUCGGCGUCGGCGUCCGCUAAAGCUUGUCCGGAGCAUAACUCAGUCACUAUAAGUCUGAUUGACUUCAAACUUGGUAUGCAUGCUUCUUUCAAUAACCCGAAGUUCAGUGCACAAGGACCAGUACUCUGCAGUUCUUAUUUUUUGAGUUAUUGCCCUUUGUUAAUUUUCAUACUUUAAUUUUGUCCGGGCCAUUUCUCUUCAACUAAAAAAGCUAUGGACUUGAAACUUCAUAGGAUGAUAGAUCUCAUUAAGAAGAAAUGCAGUGCACAAGAACCAGUACUCUGCACUUCCUAAUUUUUGAGUUAUUGCCCUUUGUUAAUUUUCAUUCUUUAUUUUUGUCCGGGCAAUUUCUCCUAAUGUAUAAAAGCCAUGGACUUGAAACUUCAUAGGAUGAUAGGUCUCAUUAAGAAGAAGUGCAGUGCACAAGAACUGGUACUCUGCAUUUCUUAUUUCUUGAGUUAUUGCCCUUUGUUUAUUUUCAUACUUAAUUUUUGUUAUAAAAAUUAUGGACUUGAAACUUCAUAGGAUGAUAGAUCUCAUUAAAAAGAAGUGCAGUGCAUAAGAACUGAUACUCAGCAUUUCUUAUUUUUGAGUUAUUGCCCUUUGUUGCUUUUCUUACUUUAUUUUUGUCCUGGUCAUUUUUCCUCAAGUAUGAAAGCUAUGGACUUGAAACAUCAUAGAAUGAUAGAUCUUAUUGAUAAGAAGUGCAGUGUACAGAAACUGCUGCUCUGCACUUAUUAUUUUUUUAGUUAUUGCCCUUUGUUAUUUUUCAUAUUUCAUUUUUGUCCUGGCCAUUUCCCCUAAACUACAUUGUUCACAAGACGACACAUCCGACUCGCGGAGUUCUAGUUUAAGUGGUGAUAUCUUUCAGAAUUGUAUUACAACGAUAACAAUGUUGACUACUUGUACAGUGAUCAGUGACCUUUAUUUGCUCAUAAAUGGUCCCGUUGUGUCCUCAAUAAGGUCAGAAAGAUUGCUGCUUUUGGUUUUAUUGGAGAAUUGCAUAUAAAUUUUAGAAAAUAAAAAAGUAAAAAGGU